CAUUAAAAAAAGCUACUGAAUCAAGGCUCUUUCCUAUUAUCUCUCAGUGGGCAGGUCAUGUAUAAGAAAAUGCCAUGUCAAGAUAUUCCAGGGUGGAGGAAUGACAAUUCAACCCAUACAGGGAAUAUAUAGAGAACAAAGUGCUUAUGUUUGUGCUUAACCAUAUAAGAUACCAGGCGUUGAUUUACUUUGCCGCUGUGUUUCAAUCAAUUUCUUGUGGCAUCCAUUACCUGUCUUCUGUCUUCUUGGCUGUAACACCAAAGUUUGUAUGUAAUGUUGCUGGAAAUGUGAGUCGUGUCCUCAUUUACAAUUCAUCUCAUUCAAACAUAGAGGAUGCUUGGAGUCUCUGGACAUCAACACAAAGCUACAUCUUGGUCCAGCUGGAAAAUGGAGACAUUUGGGAGCUUAAUCAAUGCAGCAGGUCUAAACGAGAAAAUGCCUCAAGAUUUACUUAUGAAUAUAGUGGCAGCAAAACUGAUUUUCACUGUACUGAUGGAUACAUCUACGAUCACACCAAUUGGCAGAGCACCAUUGUAACGGAGUGGGAUUUGGUCUGUCAGCAAGAAUGGCUUGCAAAAUUAACCCAGCCAAUGUUUAUGCUGGGAGUCCUUAUCGGAGCUGUAAUCUUUGGAGAUCUUGCCGACAGGCUGGGGAGACGGUACAUCCUGUGGAUCACAAGCACCGGACAGUUUAUAUUUGGCAUUGCUGUGGCGUUCACAUUUAACUACAACAGUUUUGUGAUUGUCCGUUUCCUUCUUGCAAUGGUUUCAAGUGGCUACUUGGUGGUAGUGUUUGUUUAUGUGACUGAAUACACGGGCAUCAAAGCCCGCACCUGGGCAUCCAUGCACAUCCAUUCUUUCUUUGCUGUGGGAAUCAUGGUGGUGGCUCUUGUGGGCUAUUUGGCACGGACCUGGUGGGUCUAUCAGAUCUGCCUUUCUGUUGCAACUCUCCCAUUUGUCUUGUGCUGCUGGAUGCUCCCAGAGACACUUCUCUGGCUGCUCACAGAGGGAAGAUAUGAAGAAGCACAAAAAAUAAUUAAUGUAAUGGCAAGAUGGAACAAAGUAAGCACUCCUUGUAAAAUUGCCGAACUGUGCCCGAUGCAAGAUGAUCUUGUCAAUAGCAGGAUGGGGGAUCAUGACAGUUCUCCCAUGAAGAAACACAACAUCUUAGAUCUGUUCCAUAACUGGCACAUUGCAAGAAGGACAAUUACAGUCUGGCUGAUUUGGUUCACUGGGAGUUUAGGAUAUUAUGUAUUCUCCCUCAGUUCUGUGAACUUUGGAGGCAGUGAAUUUUUAAAUCUGUUUCUCAUAGGUGCUGUGGAGCUUCCAGCAUAUGCCAUUGCCUGCCUGGGAAUGGAAAAAAUAGGGCGAAGGAACACCCUGAUCCCAUUCCUCAUCACAAGUGCAGUGAUCUGUGGGAUAGUGAUGCUCAUACCUCAGGAUUUCAAUACUCUGAGUAUAUCAGCAAAUAUGGCUGGAAAAUUUGCAAUAGGAAUUGCAUUUGGCCUUAUCUACUUGUAUACGGCAGAACUCUAUCCAACAGUUGUACGGUCUCUUGCUGUUGGAAGUGGGAGCAUGAUGUGCCGAGCUGGUAGCGUGGUUGCACCUUUUUGUGUCUAUCUGUCAAGUGUUUGGAUCUUCUUCCCACAGCUGAUCGUUGGAAUCAUGGCCUUCUUGAGCGGUGUGUUAACACUGAUGCUGCCAGAAACACUUGGAAAACCAUUGACAAACACGUGGGCAGAAGCUGCAGAACUAGAUGACCAGGUCACCAAUAAAAGCCAUUCAGAAAAAACUAUUCCAGCACAAAAUGAUUCAACGCUGGAGAAAAUGGAAAUGCUAAACCAAGGAGCACGGGGCACUGAUUGAUAAAACCAUCCCUUUGGUUUUAGCCAGCUUGUGUAGUUUUAUCUGCAACAUCUUAACAUGGUAUCAUGUAUGGAACAUUUUCUUGCUUUCUCAAGAAGGGAGACAUAUAAUCUAAUUCCUUGUUCGGGAUGCUUUUCUGAAUCAUCUAGCUAGUAACUGGAGUAAUGUGAAUUUUAAUUUUUGAGACACACACAGAGAAAAGGUUCUCUUUCAGAGUUCCUGUUACUUUUCCUGCCUGCUUAUUUUGAAAACCUGUCUCAGAAUUCCUUGUAUCAGCAACAACCAGCACCAGAAGACACAAAGUAGAAACUCAUGAUUUCAGGAAGAAGUAUGGCAGUGCAGGAACACUCACAUUGUGUUGCAGUGGUUUCUCUGUACAUGGAAGAUGCAGUUGUAUUUUCUACGAUUUUGUCUCCUUACUUAGCAAUGUCAUCAGUUAAGGAAAAGAAACAGGCAUUCUAUAACUUUCAUGCACCCUGUCCUAGGUAUCAGCAUUGUGCAGAUGGAAGAAAAUACUGUUUCUUGAUGUAGUUUUAGUACAGUCGGAAGAACACAACUGAAAUCAGAUUGUAUUAAAAAUAACACUCUUCAAAAUGUCUAAUAACUUGCACAGUCUAGAAAAUGUUUAUAUAUGUCAAUUCUUAUUACAAAAUUGAACACCUCAGCAAAUUUGGGGAGGAAGGAGCCUAGGAACAUUUUGAAGAAAAUAUGCAGAGAUUGUCAAGAAAACCAAGAACAAAUGGAAAUAUAAUAAAUAAGAGAAGUGGAAAACAACAUAUGUAGAAGGGGAAAAACCAAGAAAGUCCAGUUGCCUUUUUAACAGCACCUUUGGAA